AUGGAUUUCAAUCAUCUUGCUGAAAAGAAAUACGAACAGAAGGCUGCUGCUUGGUUGAACCUUUGGUUGAGCCGGAGCCCAGAAAUUCUGUCUAUGCAGCUUGCUAAGAAGCAUCGACCUGGUGAAACUAUAUCUGCGUGCCUAUGGAAAAGUGGUGCUUUCAAUAUAUGCUAUCUGGUCAGAUAUGAAAAUGGGCCAGAUGUCAUCGUUCGUUUCGCUGCCCUCGGAAGGGCUAUUCUCCGCAGGGAGAAAGUCCAAAUUGAAGUUGCAACAAUGAAGUAUAUACGCAAGACCACUUCGAUCAAUGUUCCUGAAGUGUUCGGCUCCGGUAUCUGCUGGGCGGGCCCUUAUAUUGUCAUGCCAUUUCUCGAAGGAGUGCCAUUAUCACAACUCCUCCAAGAUCCUUCUUCAGAGGGAAGGCCAGUCCUGAACCCGCAAAUAAGUGAUCGGAGCUUGAAGCGGGCUUAUCGCGAAAUGGCCGCGCUUAUCCUCGAGCUCUCCAAACAUGAAUUUGAUUCAAUCGGUGCGCUUGAGGAAAAUGAGAGGGGUUUCUUUGUUGCCAAGCGACCUCUCACCAACAUGAAUGAGUUAAUGGUCUCUGCAGAUUUACCCGAAGAAGCCUUCCCCUCGCACACAUUCAAGUCGGCCACGGACUACUUCCAAGGGCUUGUUAUGCAGCAUCUCUCCCAUCUUCGACUACAGCAACAAGAUGCUGUUAGCAGCGAGGAGGAUUGCCGGAGGAAAUUCACUGCUCGUUGUUUAUUCCUGGAUAUUACAAAGAAAAUCUGCACCGAAGAUCCUCAAGGGCCAUUUCGACUAUACUAUGGCGACCUCCGUCCGUCAAAUGUCCUAAUAGAUCUCGAUACUUUCCGUAUCUCGGGAGUUAUCGACUGGGAGUUUACAUAUGCUGCACCCGCCGAGUUUACAUGGGUAGCUCCUUGGUGGCUCUUGUUACAUAGCCCGAGGACUGGGAGGGUGAUGUCAACCUGUUUUUGA